CAGCGACUUCUAAAGAGGGGACAGCAAACAGGAGCCCCCUCCACCCUCUCACAUGUCACUGCUUUCGCCAUACUCUCCCUGACUGGGGGUCACGAGGAGCAGCGAUCUCUACCGUACGGCCCUUUGUAGAGCAUCUGCAGGUCUGCUGUCACCAUGACCAAUGUCACCUAUCAUAUCUCCAGCCUGCUGGAGAAGAUGACUUCCAGUGACAAGGACUUCAGGUUCAUGGCCACAAAUGAUCUGAUGAUGGAGCUGCAGAAGGACUCCAUCAAGCUGGAUGAGGACAGUGAGCGGAGAGUGGUGAAGAUGCUUCUCAAGCUGCUGGAGGACAGGAAUGGAGAGGUGCAGAACUUGGCAGUAAAGUGCCUGGGCCCUCUGGUAGGGAAGGUGAAGGAGCACCAGGUGGAGACUAUAGUGGACACUCUGUGCAGUAACAUGUUAUCAGACAAGGAGCAGCUGAGAGAUAUCUGCAGCAUGGGACUGAAGACUGUUAUAGCUGAACUUCCUGUGGCAAGCUCAGGCUCUGUGCUGGCUGUGAAUGUGUGUAGGAAGAUCACAGGACAGCUGACUGGCGCCAUAGGAAAGCAGGACGAUGCAGCUGUACAGUUGGAGGCCCUGGAUAUAUUGUCCGACAUGUUAGGAAGCAGGUUAGGAGGGGCCCUAUUCUCUUUCCAUCCCUCCAUCUUCAGCUGUCUCCUGCCCCAGCUCACCAGUCCUCGCCUUGCCGUGAGGAAGAGAGCGGUCUUGGCCCUGGGGCUUCUGGUACAGACGUGCAAUGGAAACCUCUUCACGGAGCUUGUCGAGCAUCUCGUGGGGGAACUGAGGAAGAACGAUUCCACAUCCACCACCCGGACGUAUAUCCAGUGCCUGGCAGCUGUCAGUUGGCAAGCGGGGCACAGACUGGGCCCUCACCUGGAGACCAUCCUGCCACUGGUGCUGGGGUUCUGCAAGGUGGAAGAUGAUGAGUUACAGGAGCAGUGUUUCCAGGCUUUGGAUUCCUUCAUCAGACGUUGUCCCAAGGAGAUCUCACCACACGUCUCCACCAUCAUGGGGCUGAGCCUUAAGUACAUUGCGUACGACCCUAACUACAACUAUGACAGCGAGGAGGAAGAUGAGAUGAUGGAGACAGAAAGCGAAGAAGAGCAAGAGAGUGAAGAUGAGUACAGUGAUGAUGAUGACAUGAGCUGGAAAGUCAGGCGCUCCGCAGCCAAGUGCCUGGAGACUCUAAUCACGGCCAGGCCUGACCUCCUCCCAGAGUUUUACAGGACGGCAGCUCCUGCCAUUAUUUCUCGCUUUAAAGAGCGGGAAGAGAAUGUCAAAGCGGACAUCUUCUCUGCUUACAUUGCCCUGCUGAGGCAGACGCGGAGCUCUCAGAACUGGAGGCAGAACGCUGACACCACAGGCAAAGGAGAGGCUCCGCUCAAUGCUCUGCAGAAACAGGUCCCUUCCGUAAUGAAGUCCCUUCACAAGCUCCUAAGGGAUAAGAGCGCCAAGUCUCGCCAGGGAUGCUUUGCGGUCCUCACGGAGCUAACCAGCGCACUCCCUGGCUGCCUCGCCCAGCAUAUACCGGCGCUGGUCCCAGGGCUUGUUUUCUCCCUGACUGAUAGAUCCAGCAGCUCCAACAUGCGCCUGGAUACGCUAACCUUCCUCCACGUCAUCCUCAGCAGUCAUCUUCCCGAAUGCUUCCAGCCCCACCUUCCGGCCCUGGUACUGCCUGUGGUUACCUGCAUUUCUGACCCCUUCUACAAGAUUACCUCGGAGGCUCUGCUGGUGGCCCAGCAGCUGGUCAAAGUGAUCUGCCUGCUGGACCAGACCCCGGGAUCCUCCUCCGUCUCCUACACGAGAGAGCUGUUCACAGCCACUUUGAAGAGGCUCCAAGCAACAGAUAUAGACCAGGAGGUGAAGGAGAGGGCUUUGUCCUGCAUGGGCCACUUGAUCAGUCACCUUGGGAACCAUCUGGGAAGUGACCUGGCCCCCACUCUCCAGCUCAUCCUGGAGCGUCUUCGCAAUGAGAUCACUCGGCUCACUGCAGUCAAGGUCCUCACUCUCAUUGCAGGGUCUCCUCUCAAGAUUGACUUGCGCCCAGUGCUGAAGGACGGGCUGCCCAUUAUGGCCUCCUUCCUGCGCAAAAACCAGCGAGCCCUCAGGCUUGGGACUGUUUCUGCCCUGGGAGUGCUAGUGAGGAAUUACAGUGAUUGUUUAAAGCCGCCCAUGUUGGAUCCUCUACUUGGGGAGCUUCCACCCCUCCUAGCUGAAUCGGACAUGCAUGUGGCGCAGGUGACUGUAGACUUUCUGACCACCCUGAUCUCUGCACAUCCUGCAUCUCUCCCGAAGCUUAGCACCCGCAUCCUCCCACAGCUUUUCCAGCUAGUCCACUCUCCCCUACUCCAAGGAGGUGCUCUGGCCUCCAUAUUGUCCUUCUUGCGAACACUAGUUACCAGCCACACUUCUCACCUUGGCUAUGCUGAUCUCCUCAAGCAACUCACGGGCCCAGUGUACUCGGGUGGACCUACACUUCAUAAACAGGCCUUCCACUCUGUGUCCAAGUGUGUAGCCACUUUGGCAAGCGUUUGCCCCAAGGAGUCUACUGCUUCCAUCACCCAGUUUGUACAAGAUGCCAAGAACUCUCGCGUCGGAGACCCAGUGAAGGUUCUAGCCUUCUUGACGCUGGCAGAGAUUGGACGAGAAAGGAGCCUUGGGACCCAGCAGAAGGAGUUGAAGAGCGUGAUCCUGGAGGCCUUUGCAUCCCCCAGUGAGGAGGUGAAGUCUGCGGCUUCUUACGCUCUGGGGAACGCAUGUGUGGGAAGCCCGGUGGAUUUCCUGCCCUUCUUGUUGCAUGAGAUCGGAGGCCAACUUCGAAGACAGUACCUCCUGCUACACUCAUUGAAGGAAGCACUCACAUCCCUGCCCAGCGAGGAGCUGAGGCCAUACCAGGAAGAUGUGUGGAAGCUGCUUCUGGAGCACUGUGAGGCUGCAGAAGAAGGCACCAGAAAUGUGGUGGCUGAAUGUAUGGGAAAGCUGACCCUGGUGAACCCUACUCAACUCCUGCCCAGACUGUGCAAGCAGAUGAGCUCAGGUUCCCCUCAUAUCCGCAGCACAUUGGUUACUGCCAUCAAGUUUACCAUAUCUGACCAGCCGGCUCCCAUCGAUUCCCUACUGAAGAACUGUAUAGGAGACUUCUUAAAACCUCUCCAGGACCCGGACCCCAAUGUCCGCCGUGUGACUCUGGUCAUGUUUAAUUCAGCGGCACAUAACAAACCAUCUCUGGUCAGGAACUUGCUGGGUACGGUCCUGCCUCCUAUGUACAACGAGACGACGGUGCGGAGGGAGCUUAUCCGAGAGGUGGAGAUGGGCCCCUUCAAGCACACAGUGGACGAUGGCCUGGACGUUCGGAAAGCGGCGUUCGAGUGCAUGUACACCUUGCUGGAGAGUUGCCUGGACCAGCUGGAUAUAUACGAGUACCUGAGCCACGUGGAGGACGGACUGAGAGAUCACUAUGACAUCAGGAUGCUAAACUUCAUUAUUCUCACACGCCUGUCCACCCUGUGCCCCAGUGCGGUUCUCCAGCGCCUAGACCAGCUGAUUGAGCCCCUCCGUGCCACCUGCACCGCCAAAGUGAAAGCCGGCUCGGUGAAGCAGGAGUUUGAGAAGCAGGACGAGCUGAAGCGAUCGGCCAUGAGAACCAUCGCCGCGCUGCUCACUAUCCCGGAGGUGGAGAAGAGCUGCCACAUGGCGGAGUUCCUGUCGCAGAUCAGAGCCAACACAGAACUCUCCUCGCUGUUUGACAACAUCCAGAAAGACUCGGUGUCUGUGUGCAGUGCAGACACCAUGGACAUCAGCUAAGAACCCGGUUAUUACCACCAUCAGUUAUUGCUACAUAGCCAAAGACACUGCCAUUGGUGCAACAUACCAGGCAUAAUCUGUAACUACCAGCACACCAACUCUGCCCUCCACUAAGGGGGGACCAGAGAGCACACGUGCUUACUGAGCUGUUCCUAUAAGGAGAGGUUGCACUGCUGUUUCCCCACAUUGCGGAUACCUCUAUGUACCGAGAGGCCACUGCAGGGGCAGUUACAGGGCGGUACAGUCACUCUAUUGCUGUGAAUAAAUGACAUUUGUGCCACAA